AUGAAUUUCCUUCCAAGCUGGUCGGUUUCCCGAUCCGUGGCUCGGUGUUUAGAGCUGCCGUGGUGCUCACCCCAUAUGGGAGAAGUCUUGGGUUGCAACGCACUGAACGAAGCCAUCAUCACCGAUAACGUACACCAGGUUGAACUUUUUGCGACCCAGUACCCUUAUAUGCUAAGGGAAUAUAACGUCUUGGGCAAAACUCCAUUUCAUCUCGCUGUUGGCAAUCCGGAAUGUUUACGUUUACUACUCGCUGCAACAAAAGAAACGUCGCUUUUCGAUGAGAUAGACAACCACGGUUAGACGCCACUAGCAUGUGCCUUUACCUUAGCGGUAGAAAGGGCAAAAAUCGCACUGCACCAUCUCAAUGUACCGAUUGCAUUUGUUCCCAAUCAAUACUUCUUCUCCUGGAAGCCGGGGCAUCGCUUCAUCUUUUCCGGGACGGUGGCACAAGCCGACCAGCCAAACAUAUUAUCUGCAAGGCUUCCUAUCACAGGCUUCUGAGCGAGGAAAAUGGACUUAUGCAGAAUAUUUCAAGCAGCAGAGAGAAAUCCUGAAGGCUUUUGCGCUCCAGUCUCUUCCGCGCAGCAAGUGGGAUGUUUUGGGCCUCACCAAUCCUGAUGUCCUGGACGCCAAAAUUCCAGCUGUGGUCCAAGCCCUUAACGAACAGGGCACCGAGAUACCUGAUUUCGCGGAAAACUUCAAAACUGGCACCUACGAAGACCCGGGAUACUACUUAUCGUUGUAUAUGCUGCUAGGCAAUCCUCACGACGCCGAUAUUUUCUGGGAUCUCGGCUUUAUGGAUACAUGCUUGCCAUUGUUUCCAGGCUACGGGCAUGACGGCUACAAUUCACUCGACUGUCUGUACUGGCUUCAUAACCACGGGGUAAAUUUUCAUUCACCUAUCAUUGAUCCCUCUCUCGAUGGCAGGAUUUCUUUCCGUGCACAUUUGGUGCUCUAUAAGCUUGGAUACUCACUCUCGUUUUGACGAUUCGUGGGUCGGAUUUGGUAAUAAGCACUGGUUUCACCACAUUCUCACCAACGUACCAUCUGAGUCGACUCUUUCCAGAGACAAUUGCCAAUGUCGCUGUACCCGCCAAGGCUGCACAUCUUUGACCUUUCUGUUAAAGGGUUUUCACGCUCGUACGAUCCAUCCACUUCCCGUUGGUUCCCCUCCCAUCACUUUCCUGCGACAUUCGGAAGGAACUUUUGAGAGUGCUCACCACCAGGAGGUGGUUCUCCGGCUUGUGACCUUCCAGGCCUUUCAACUACCACACACUUGCUGCUAUCCACGCCAUAAUUUCCUUUGCCAUGUACCAUACCCAUUAAACUCAAGCCCUUCGAGUUCUUGUCAGGACAGCAGGUGCAGGUGGAAGCCACAAUGCUCAGAAGAGUUAUCUGAAAUUAAAGCCGAACAUCGUUUUGAAUUCGUUUGCUUCGAGAAGCUUCUUGGUGAGCUCGAAACGGAACUUGAAAUGAUACUUGAGAAUCCCAAAAAGAGCACUGAGGAUAUCCUUAAUUCUUGGCAAAUGGUCUGAGAACCCAGAAUUAUCAACGCCUUGGAGCAGCUCAACGGGAAUAACUUGACAGAUGAUGAAAUCUCAAGGGGGGAAAGUCUUGGUGUAGUGUGGGGUCCAGAACCUAACACAGAGAUGUAUGGCUGGGACCGAGACAUCAAUCCUUACGGGCAUGAUCCGUUUUCUGAGACUAUGGAUUAUUGGUUCUACAACCUAGAUCGUUUAGUUCCAGAGGUUCCCUGAACAGGAUAUAGUCGGUCGCCUCGACAGGCUAUGGAAGAGUGGAACAAGGAUAGAAAGGCCAAGGAAGGGUUGAAGUAACUGUUGUUGUUGACGCGCAGAGUUAAAACAUGUAUCCAGUAAGAGCUAAAGUUUUCAGGGUCAUAACCUUGGGUAUCACGAGA